GCUCCCCCGUUCACUUCUCCAUUCCGCAUUCACGAGCAGCACUUCAUAUAUAUAUAUUUUCUCGCAGGGAAAUACACCGGACGAUGCAACAAACGUAUCUGGAGGCUAACGCGCAAAACAGGCUCUAAGAAGCACCCACCCCCACGACGCCGCAUCAUCGUAUUUUGCCUACUUAUUAACGAAUAGAUUCGCCGCAACACCAAAAAUCCCCAAAAUACCGUACCGGCCCGAACAUGCAACGUACCCUCUUCGACUUUGCGCGAAGGACGACGGUCGCGUCGGCGUCUCCCGUUGCGACCGUGGGAGCCGGUGCGACGGCUGCUGCCUCGACCCCCCGUCCGCGCAGGUCGCCGUCCACCUCGCUCGAGCGCAGCCACGGCGAGGCCUCCAACACCCCUUCGCGCAAACGUGUGCGGCAGCAAAACGAAAGCGCAGGCAGUGAUCGUCAUCACGCUGGCCUCUCCCGAGAGGACCCGGUGGACCUGGAGGAGAGCAGCCUCAGCGUGGUGGCGGUGGCCGAAGAAAAACGCGAAGCCACCGUGUCCACGACGACGGAUGCGCCCGCACCGCGACGGCCGUCACGCGGCAACUCACCGCCGAUACCCGCAUCCGAGUGCACGACCGCUUCCAGUAGCGUGAACGAUAAUAACCAUCGCAUUGUUGCGCCGCCGGCGACGGGCAGCCACUGGCUUGCGGACCUGAUCAGCAGCCCGGAGUGGAAGUCCUUUCUUCAACCUCUCACCGCAGAUACAUGGCGCAACGGUGAGUUCGCCCGCAUUCAGCGCUUUCUCGAUGGGGAGAGGGCGAAGGGGAAGGUGGUGCUGCCGCCCGCUGCGCUCAUCUUCAACGCCUUCAACAGCUGCCCCUUUGCGGAGCUAAAAGUUGUCCUCCUCGGGCAGGACCCGUACCACAACCUGAACCAGGCGCACGGCUUGUGCUUCUCCGUGCUACCUGGCGUUCCCGUCCCACCUAGCUUAAAGAACAUGUACAAGGAGCUUGCGACGGACAUCCCCGGCUUUCAGGCGCCCACGCACGGCUACCUGCAGAGCUGGGCCGAGCAGGGCAUGCUGAUGCUCAACGCGACCUUGACGGUUGAGGCGCACAGUGCGAACUCGCACAGCAAGGCGAGUGGGUGGCAGCACUUCACCGAUGCCGUGAUCGCACACCUCUCCGCGCACCAUCCCAACCGCCUUGUCUUUUUAUUGUGGGGCAGCUUUGCGCAGCAGAAGAAGAAGCUGAUCGACACGCGGCGGCACGUGGUGAUCGAGAGCGUGCACCCCUCGCCGCUGAGUGCGAGCAGGGGCUGGUUUGGCAGCCACUGCUUCUCGGCGUGUAACACGGCGCUGCGGGCGAUGGGCCACACACCGAUGUACUGGCAGCUUCCACUGCAGGUGCAAACGAUGUAG